AUGGCUCACGACUACGACAUCGACAUGCUCAAGGAAGACGAUCAGCAGAUCGAAAGAGCAGACUCCAAUGACCAAACCGAAGUUACCCACGAUGCCAAAUUCGAGAAGCGAGUCCUUCGCAAAAUCGAUACUCGACUCUUACCAAUUCUAGGUUGUCUCUAUACAAUUGCCCUCGUGGACAGAUCCAAUGUCGCUGUCGCUCGCAUCUCGGGCAUGGACGAAGACCUUGACCUUACCCAAGGAAACAGAGUCUCUGUCGCUCUGAUGGUCUUCUUCAUCGGAUACAUCCUCUUUGAAAUUCCCAGUAAUGCUUUUAUCCAUAAGCUUGGUGCUGCGAAUUGGCUUGCGUUUCUGGCUGUUGCUUGGGGACUGGUUUCUCUCGGUAUUGGCUUUUUGAACAAUUGGAUUGGCCUUGCUGUUCUUAGAGCUUUUCUUGGUGUAUUCGAAGCUGGUUUCUUCCCUGGCUGUGUUUACCUUGUCUCCUCUUGGUACAAGCGAUACGAGGUCCAGAAGCGUAUGGCCGGGUUCUUCCUGACAGCCUCCGCGCUGUCAGCAUUCGCAAACAUCCUUGCAUAUGGUCUGAUCCAGAUAUCCAAGACUCAUAACUACAAAGGAUGGCGCUGGAUCUUUAUCAUCGAAGGCACCAUCACCGUCAUCGCUGGAAUUGGCUCUUGGUUCAUCAUUGUCGACUUCCCCGACUCGAACAAAAACACCUUCCUCACCGUUGAAGAACGCGCAUUCGUCAAGGCCCGACUGGCUGAGGACCGUGGCCCCGAAGAACACGAGAAGGUCACAUGGAAGAUCCUGGCCCAUACAGCAGCUGAUUGGAAGCCCUGGGCUUACUCUCUUAUGUACAUGGCCGGUGCUGUAGGAGUCUAUGCCUUCCUAUUCUUCCUCCCCAUCAUUCUUCGCGGCGGUCUUGGAUACUCUCUCGAGAUGUCUUUCAUCCUCAGCACUCCUCCAGCCCUCUUCUCUGUCGUGGAAGCUAUGACGAUUUCAUGGCUCGCCGACAAGUUACAAAUGCGAGGACCGUUUGUCAUCUUCCAGGGUCUUGUCGGUAUCAUCGGACUGUGCAUGACUGCGUUCUUGAACUCGCCAACUCCCAGAUAUGUUGGCACUUUUCUAGGUGUCGCUGGUGCCAACGGCCUCGUUGUGACUACAUUGGCCUGGCAGGCUAACAAUAUCGUUGGUGAUGCACGACGCGCGGUAUCUACUGGUAUUCUUAUCAGUAUGAGUGGUGUUGGUGGUAUCUACUCCAGCAUGGUCUUUCGUCAACAAGAUGCACCAAACUAUCUCCCUGGCAUUCUCGCUGUGAUGGCCAUCAAUGUUCUAGCUGUUAUUGUUGCUGCCAUUACUAUGCUUAUUCUCCGUUAUAAUAAUAGGCAAGCCGAGAAGGGCGUGUAUCUGUGCGAGAACAGAGAGGGAUUUAGGUACACACUAUAA